AUGCUCAUGCACACGCCGCUUCCAUGCACAAAACCGCCGGACGACGACGGCGGCGGCGAUGGUCCUUCAGUCGGAGACCCCGGCGGCGAAGCCCCCGGUGCCCCUGAAGGUCCCAUAUGCAUAUGCAUGGGGGGCGGCGGUGAGUCCAUAGAUGGGCCUGGGCUCAUGCUGGCAAUUGGUGGAGUCGCCGUCGGUGCCAUCGGAGGAGCCGCAAUGGGCGCUGACGGCGGCGGAGCCGCUGCCAUCGGAGGAGCUGCCAUUGGCGCGACAGUCAUGGGCGGUGGAGCCGUCGCCAUCGGAGGAGCUGCCUUGGGUGCUGCCGGGGUCAUCUUCGGAGGGGAGGCCGCCACCGACGGGGGCAUUGUGACGCCGCCGCCGCCGCCUCCUCCCGGCGGUGAAGCCAUGGGGGAUUGA